AUGAUGGCCCCACCCCAACAGGCCGAGGACAUGAUGGCCCCACCCCCACAGGCCGAGGACAUAAUGGCCCCACCCCCACAGACCGAGGACAUGAUGGCCCCACCCCCACAGACGGCAGACAUAAUGGCCCCACCCCCACCCCCACAGACCGAGGACAUGAUGGCCCCACCCCCACAGGCCGAGGACAUGAUGGCCCCACCCCCACAGACCGAGGACAUGAUGGCCCCACCCCCACAGACGGCAGACAUGAUGGCCCCACCCCCACAGACCGAAGACAUGAUGGCCCCACCCCCACAGGCCGAGGACAUGAUGGCCCCACCCCCACCCCCACAGACGGCAGACAUGAUGGCCCCACCCCCACAGACCGAAGACAUGAUGGCCCCACCCCCACAGACCGAAGACAUGAUGGCCCCACCCCCACAGGCCGAGGACAUGAUGGCCCCACCCCCACAGACCGAGGACAUGAUGGCCCCACCCCCACAGACCGAGGACAUGAUGGCCCCACCCCCACAGGCCGAGGACAUGAUGGCCCCACCCCCACAGACCGAGGACAUGAUGGCCCCACCCCCACAGACCGAAGACAUGAUGGCCCCACCCCCACAGACCGAGGACAUGAUGGCCCCACCCCCACCCCCACAGACCGAGGACAUGAUGGCCCCACCCCCACAGGCCGAGGACAUGAUGGCCCCACCCCCACAGACCGAGGACAUGAUAGCCCCACCCCCACAGACCGAGGACAUGAUAGCCCCACCCCCACAGACCGAGGACAUGAUAGCCCCACCCCCACAGACCGAGGACAUGAUGGCCCCACCCCCACAGGCCGAGGACAUGAUGGCCCCACCCCCACAGACCGAGGACAUGAUGGCCCCACCCCCACAGGCCGAGGACAUGAUGGCCCCACCCCCACAGGCCGAGGACAUGAUGGCCCCACGUCCUGCUGAUGUAAACAGCCAGAGAAAAGGUCAACACUGA